AGGAAAUACAGCAGACCCCCGAACCUGAGGACCUUUGGAGAGCAGCAUGUUUUUUGGUAACACAUGUCAAAAUGGCCUCAUGCCCACCUUGAUGCGCCCCACCCUGCCUGCCGUCCAGACCUCGCUGGGCAUGAAGCAGUUCCUCCCGUUCCCAUUGGACGCCACCGCGGCGGUCCGCCUCUUCCCUCGGUUCAACGCGAUGGACCCCGUGCAGAAGGCCGUCCUCCAUCACACCCUCGGCCUCCCCCCCACCGCGAAGAGGAGGCACGUCUCCUGCAGCGUUUGUCGGCUGCGGUUCAACUCGCAGAACCAGGCCUUGGCCCACUACAAGGGGACCAAACACGCCAAGAAGCUAAAAGCCCUGGACUCUCCGAAGAGCAAGCUGAAAGGCUCAGCGGUCACCAAGGAGACCGCCAACCAGGAGACCGCCAAGGGCAUCAACACCUCGCAGGUCCCCAACGGCACCGACGGGGAAGAUGGCGUUCUUGGAGCGGUGCCCCCACCGCUAUCCCCCGUGCUCCGGCUCCCCUUGGCCUCCUUGACGACCCUCCCGACGCCAACGCCGGCCCCCGUGGCCUCGCCGAUCGUCCAGAGCGCCCCGGAGACUACCUCGGCAGCUGGGGGGGACUCGUCUGUCAACUCGCCCUCAGAACCGGACCUGGACCCCGAGGCCGAACCGGAGGGGAAGGCGGACGCGGAAUCAGAGGAGGAGAAAGCUCGACGUCUCAUGUACUGCUCGCUGUGCAAAGUGGCGGUCAACUCUGCAUCGCAGCUGGAGGCUCACAACAGCGGUACAAAGCACAAGACGAUGCUCGAGGCCCGGACCGGCGUGGGCUCCAUCAAGUCGUUCCCCCGGUCGGGAGUCAAAAGCAAACUGGCUACGACCGUCAAAUCGACAACGGGCCUGCAGAACAAAACCUUCUUCUGCGAGACGUGUGAUGUGCACGUCAACUCAGAGACUCAGCUGAAACAGCAUAUCAGCAGCCGGCGCCAUAAAGACCGAGCAGCAGGUAAACCGGCCAAACCUAAAUACAGCCCCUACAGCAAACCGCAGAAGGGCCCGACCAAGCAGCCGGUCAACGUGUCCCUGGGUAAGGAGCGCCUGUGUCCGCCUCUCACCUCGCAGAUCCUACCCGCUCACCUGGCGGCUGUGGCCGCCGCCCUCGGCAACGCAUUCGGGCACCGCACCAACCACAUCGCCAACCACGCCCACAUCGCCAACCACGGCCCCGCCCCCGGCCUCUUCCAGACACAGUCCCUCCCUGCCGCACUGCUCCGCCCAGCCCCCGGGCCUGUCAGGACCUCCCACCCACAACUCCUAUUUUCCCCUUAUUGACCUGUUUGACCCCACCCACCCACGUCCCCCCCGCCAUGGGACCAAACCGGGUGCUUCACCAAGACCGGGCCCAGGAGUUGCGUCAGCAUCUGCACUCCUUCUAUGCAUCGGGCGCGAAACACCUUCUCACCUCUCCUCACGUGGAUUAUCCCACAUUUAAAGCAACUGCAGCUUCUCUUGGUGGAUUUAUUUCUCCGGUCCCAGCGAAAACUACAACACACAUGCUUUCUGUGCCAUCCUGCAGCCCCGGACCUGGACCUGGACCUGGACCUGGACCUGGACCUACAUCGUACCGCAAUAAUAUCGAAGACUAACCCCCGUGAACUAUGCAGUGUCCUUAUUUCACAGUUUGAGCUCAACUACAGUAGAGAUGUGCGUUUUGCAAAGAUACAGCGUGGCACUAAGAUCAUUGCUUUUGGAGGAUUACUGUGGCUCGUUAUUUAAAAAGGCUGUUCUGAUCUUAAAAGCGAGCAAGGCCCUCCCCUGUUCACGUAUGCACUUUAAGCCCCGCCUCCUCUGUUGAUGUCGACAUUAGCUGUGUUAGAUUAGAGUACGUUGUCGUGACGUGAUUUUUUUUUUUUUGUAUCCGUCCUCGCAAAUC